UACCGAUGCGAAGCUUCCCUCAGGCCUCCCUCGCACAUCAGAACUACUUCUGCUGGGGAACGAGGAAGACGAAACGCUCCGCCAUGAAAGGAUACUUGGCUUUCAUCGCUCUUCUCCUGGCCCAACCCGAGGAGAGUCACCAGGGAUCGAGCAGCAAUCCUGGCCCGUCCUGCAGUCAAUACACAACAAACACGCCGCUGCUUCUUGCGAAUCAAUGCGGACGAUGGAACGUGCGCAGAUCAUCCAGCUCCAGCAGCUGGUUCGCAAGAUUCCUGGAGAUCUUCCGAUUGCCAGCGGAAGACAUUCAGGAAGACCCCCUGAUCAUCGGCGGAUCCCCUGCCACCAUCGUGGAAGCGCCGUGGCUCACUUUUGUUUCUGCUACGAUCUCCGGCAAAUCGUACUCCUGCACUGGCUCUAUCAUCGACCAACUCCAUGUUUUGACUGCUGCUCAUUGCUUUUUUGACGGAUCCAUUUCGGCAACCGGUGCAAGUGUCUUAGUCGGGAACGCAAAUUACCAACUGGGAACGAGGUUUUACGCCAAGGACGUAUAUAUCCAUCCCUCCUAUAACAAGGCGGAUCACAGUCAGGGUCAUGACAUCGCCGUGAUUAAGCUGAACAAGACUCUGAGCUUCUCGCCCUCCGUCCAACCGAUAUGCGUCCCGCAGUCCGACAGUCUGAGCGAUGCAGGAGCUUGUCCCACCAGAGUUUUCGGAUGGGGUCGCACCACUGAAACUCCAGCCGUUCGUCCCCUGAAUCUGCAGAAACUGGAUGUCACGGUUCUUUCGAAGGAAGAAUGCUCCAGCUAUAAUAAGGGGUUCAUAUGUGUGCAGGGAGUCAAAUCGGGGACAGGAACAUGCUUUGGAGAUAGCGGAGGACCUACGGUCGUGUAUGCGAACAACUUAGCCUACGUCAUGGGAGUGGAUUCGCACCACAUUGGUUCGUGUGCACAAUAUCCAACCCGAUAUACUUGGGUCACAGCCAAUAUCAACUUCAUCACUGAUGCUGUCAAUAGCUAGUGAUUUGAAUUUUUCGACUGGAG